UUCAGCAAACUCCAUUUAUAUUUUUAUUCACAACUAACUCUUACACUGUUCACAUCUACCAUUUAAAUACACCUGUUUUAUGAUACAGUAAAUGGAGAGUGAAGGUGAGCUUUAAGGACUUUCUGUAGCAUUGAUAUCCCCUGUGACUUAAACCAUUCAAUAAUGUCAUUUUUUAGUCCACCUUUUUACCAGUAAACACUUCAUGAAGUGAUGAGGACAUUCUUGUGUGUAUAUUUAACUCUGUGCUUAUCAACCCAAAGCUGUGCACUGUUCUUGUGAUCUGAAGCUCUUCAACGACAGCUGCUCUCUACAUAGGAGAACCUACUGUUUCCAGAAUGAUGGGGCGGUAGAGCUACAAUGUCAGUAAAUCCUGUACAAGAAGAAGAAGACGAAGGUGCGGCACUCGCACAAGAGGUAUGGAUCAGAAAAUUCCUUAUGAUGACUAUCAACUGCCAGUUGUUUUUCUGCCCCCCUAUGAAAAUCCACCUGCAUGGAUUCCUCCUCAGGAUAGAAUAAAUCACCCUGAUUAUAAUAAUGAGCUUACACAGUUCUUACCGCGCACUAUAGUCUUGAAAAAGCCUCCUGGAGCACAACUGGGCUUCAACAUCCGGGGUGGAAAGGCUUCACAGCUUGGUAUCUUUAUUUCUAAGGUGGUGCCAGACUCUGAUGCCCACAGGGCUGGGCUUCAGGAAGGAGAUCAGGUGUUAUCAGUUAAUGAAGUGGACUUUCAGGACAUAGAGCACUCAAGGGCUGUGGAGAUUCUGAAGACAGCCAGGGAGAUUUUGAUGAGGGUGCGCUACUUCCCUUAUAAUUACCAGCGACAGAAGGAGAGGACGGUACACUAGGUGGCAGAGAUGUGCUGAAGACUGAAUGAGUGAGUCACUGAGGCGUUGAUGUCUGCUCCUAACCUGGAGUAGUACUCCAUCUUCAUCUUUACUGCUGUCUUUGACUAAAGCUGCAUUCACGUGGUGUCAGAGGUGUGAGAAUUAUUAGUGUGUAAUUGUCUUGAGUGUCUAUCUCGCCUUGUAUUAUAAUGUCACUAUUACUUGUGCUGUGUUAAAGCCUCAUGCAGAUAAGAACAUGUUCUGGAUAUAAGAAAGAGGGAAGAUUUUAGAACACUAUUUUUAACUUAAAGUUAAAGAACACUAUGAACUAACUUAUGACAUGGCUACUUGGGAAAGCAUUAUCUUCCCAGGAGCUCUACAAUGCAGUGUCAAACAAUCAGAAACCAUGGGAUCUGAUUUGUAACCAAUGUGGUCAGUAUUAAUACUAUGACAAUUUUUUAUGUAUCUUCUUUAAUAUUUGGCAUGUAGUCUUAAUAACAUGCAUGUAGAAUGCAGUUUCGCCAUCCACACAGCGUUCUAGAUUUUGGAACACACAUUCUUGUUGGCUCACUGACACUGAUAAAAGCUUAGGUAUUGAAAUCUGGUACUGAAUGACAUGGAAUUUUUCGGUACAAUAUGUAAUAUUGAAGUCAUUCAUUCAGUACCAUAAAUAUAUUAAAUUUUUAUAGCCAGCUCUAACAGUAACAGAGUGAAUAAUUAUUUGUUUUAACGUGAACACAGCCAAAGAGAACUGUUGACUAUCUCUGUAUUAGCAUAUAUUGGGAAUUGCCAAAUCUUUAAUAUCCCAGUCAUCAUCGUCUUAAUAUUUGUUGUUUUUAAUUAUGGAAUGUUCUUUUGCAGCUUGAUGCCCUGCUGACAGUUCGAUUUACUACUGAAAAAUACAACCAUCACUAACUUAUAUAAGAAAUCGGUAUAUUUAUGUUUAGUUGAGGACCUCAAAUGUAUAUAAUUGGUAUCCUUUGAAAUUUAUGGUUUGGCAUGAUCCUAACUUUUGUCCUUUCCACACAUUAGUUUUGUGGUACUGCCUUAUCUCAGAGGACUUUUUAUUUUUAGGAAUAACACAUUAUUAAACACUGAUGCAGUUGUUUUUUUGUUUUUUUUUUAAACUUUGUAUUAAGAUAAUCAUAUGUGGAGGUAUUUUUAAUAAAUAAUUAGUUCUCUUU